CUGAACGAAUGACUGACAAGAAAUCAAUUUAAUACAUUCAUUCAUUCGAAACAAUCUCUUUCUCGUUCUAAUCGGUCUAUCAAUUUUCGUUCAUUCAGUUAGUGAGUUCAUUCAUCGCGUAGUAGAUGGGCGUACGUUAAAUUAAUGGAUUGAAUUCGAUAUUGUUUUUAUUUGCGCAGAAGUGUCGCAUAAGGCGACAAUGGUGGUUAAAGGUUUCGUUUGAUUGUUUGUUAACUGCAUUAAGUGAUGCGUUAAGCGGAACUGAAUGUGAAGUUUGGGAUUUUUUAGUGUGUAAAUUGUGAUAGUGAUCACCAUGCCGGGUCUUAUAGGCAUUGGUGAAUUUAUCGAGGAAACUCGUGAGGAUUACAAUUCGCCGACGACUUCCACAUUCGUGUCGCGUAUGCCGCAAUGUCGGCAGACCAUCGGUGCAUUGGAAGAGACCUUGGAUUUCGACCGAGAUGGCCUAGCAAAGCUAAAGAAGGCCAUAAAGGCGAUACACAAUUCUGGUAAUGCCCACGUGGACAAUGAGAUGUACCUCUCCCGGGCGCUCGAACGCCUGGGCGGGAACGCUCUCAGUAAAGACUCGGAGCCCGACAUCGGAGCUGCAUUCUUCAAAUUCGCUGUGGUCACUAAGGAGUUGUCCGCGCUUAUGAAGACGCUGAUGCAAAACAUAAACAACAUAGUAAUGUUCCCGGUGGACAGUCUUCUAAAGGGUGACCUCCGAGGCGUCAAAGGCGACCUAAAGAGGCCAUUCGACAAAGCAUCCAAAGACUACGAGUCCAAGUACCUGAAGAUUGAGAAAGAGAAGAAAUCGCAGGCGAAGGAAGCUGGUCUCAUUCGCAGCGAGGUCACUCCCGCGGAGAUAGCAGACGAGAUGGAGAAGGAACGGAGGCUGUUUCAGUUGCAGAUGUGUGAGUACCUGAUAAAGUUCAACGAGAUAAAGACAAAGAAGGGCAUAGAGUUACUACAGCAUUUGGUAGAAUAUUACCAUGCGCAGACGAACUAUUUCCAAGAUGGACUGAAGACGAUAGAGCAUUUUGGAGUGUAUGUGGCGGAUUUGAGUGUACAGCUUCAGAAGAUUCGGCAGCAGCAGGACGACGAGAGGAAGAGGCUGCUGGAGUUGCGGAAUAUGCUGCGGGCAGCUGCUCCGCAAGACAGGGAGGUAGCGUCAUCGUUAGGCGGUUACUCGCUGCACCAACUUCAAGGCGAUAAGCAACAUGGCGUCACGAGAAGCGGCUAUUUGCUCAAAAAAUCCGAAGGCAAAGUCCGAAGGGUGUGGCAGAAACGGCGCUGCCGAGUCACAGCCGAGGGCUACCUGGACAUUUUCCACGCGGACGAAAACAAACCGCCCGCGAGGGUCAAUCUUCUUACGUGCCAAAUCAAAGUCGCCGCUGAUGAUAAGCGAGCGUUCGAUCUAGUCUCAUAUAACCGUACUUACCACUUUCAAGCCGAGGACGACAGCGAGCAGCGAGCGUGGGCGUCAGUUCUAGUCAACUGCAAGGAGGGCGCUUUGAUGAGGGCCUUCCACCAGCAAGCGGGAGAAAGCAACGAUUCGGGGCAUUCGUUGUUGGACCUACAGCGGUCCAUUAUAAGGGCUGUGAGAGCUAUGCCGGGGAACCAAGUGUGUGCAGACUGCGGGUCUACCAAUGAUCCCACAUGGCUAUCAACAAACUUCGGUGUAAUAGUGUGUAUAGAGUGUUCAGGAAGUCACCGGGAGCUUGGUGUGCAUAUAUCCCGGAUCCAGUCUCUUACGCUCGACCGGCUCAGUACAUCGCAGUUGCUUAUCGCGAGGCAUAUGGGCAACCAGAUGUUUAACGAAAUUAUGGAGAAUAUGCUGGAUGAGAGGGACAAGUUGACGCCGGAAAGCUCAAUGGAAGAACGGCUAAGGUUUAUCCGAGAAAAAUACGUAUACAGAGCGUGGGCCGCGCAAACGUGUAGAGAUGCGGCAGAAAAACUAUCCGAAGUUGAACAUGCAGUCAACAACGGGCACUUACAAAACCUGCUACAAGCGUACGCCGAAGGCGCAGACUUGGCUGCCACACUACCAUGCUCAGACUGCGGCGAAACGGCUUUACACCUAGCAAUCUCCCGUGAACUCGGCGAUGGUUCCUUCCUCCACAUCGUUGAUUUUCUAGUCCAAAACGGAGGCGCCACACUCCUAGACAAAACCACGUCUUCGGGCAUGACCGCAUUACAUUUAUGUGCGGCGACGGACCGGACGGAGCCUAUGAAGUUGUUGUUGAAGGCGGGCGCGGAUGUUAGCAUUAAAGAUGGGAGUGGGAGGACGGCUUUGUUCAUUGCGAGGACGCUUGGACAUCAUGCGUGUCAGGAGUUGCUGGAAAAUGUCGACAAACGGGAGAAGAGUAUGUUUGAGAACAUCAACAUCGAUUGGAAUUUGUCGCAUGACGAUGGCUCGACAGACUUCUCUGAUGACGAUACCGUCAUCGAUGAAAGGCAAAACGGCAGCGUGACGCCCGAGAAGAAAUGCCCUCGCUCGCGGCCGCCGUCAUACGCGGGCUUGGGCGAGCGGGAGCGGGAGCGGGAGCGGUCGGGCGGGGACUCGCCCGUGCUGCGCUCGCGCUCCUCCACAUGCGACUCGCUGCACCACCCGCCCACGCCCACGCCCGGCACGCUGCCCAGGAAACCUAACGUCUACAACAUCGGCAGCCUGAAGAAGCGGCUGGCGCCGCUGCCGCCCGCCGUGGCGCUGCCGCACCCGCACCCGCCGCACCACCCGCGCUCCACGCCCUCCCCCUCGCAGGACAGCACGCGCUCCUUACACUUGUCCCACGGCGGCACGAAGCCGCGUCCGGCGCAGCCGCCGCCAACGCCGCCGCCGGGCUCGCUGCUCAACGGCGCGCACCGCGACGAGCCCACGCCGCCACCGAGGAAGAAGAAAAAUAGAUUGCACCUGGAUAAGGCGAAAGCGAAACUGAGAAGGGAAUGUUCUAGUCAAGACUCAUCACUGGAGCUGUGCGACAUAUCGGAUGGAUUGGACGACAGUCGCCUCGGCGCGUUGUCGUGCGACAGCUCAAGAUCGCGCGAGCGCGGGCGGCGGAGCGACAGCCGGUCCUUGGACGUUUCCGAUACCUCCAGCGUGCAUUCGAGGUCGCCAUCUGCUUCUAUUACCAUGAUGGGUGUGGGCAUGCGCCGCUGCCGCGCGCUGUACGACUGCUCGGCCGACAACGAGGACGAGCUGUCCUUCCGCGAGGGCGAGGUCAUCGUCGUCAUCAACGAGCGCACCGAGGACGACAACUGGAUGGAGGGACAGGUCGAGGGCACACCCCGACGCGGCAUGUUCCCCGUCUCCUUCGUGCACAUGCUGCCCGACUAGGCGGGAACGAGACCGGUGUAGGUUUGAUAGUCGCUACACGCUGUAGCUGUUCCGUUUAACACGCCCAGUGCAAUCUAAAAUGCUAAGCUCGAUUUGAAAGCUCAUUCUAAGGUAUACCUUGUUAAUUAGGGAUAAG